AAUAAUUUUUAUCAUAGAGUAACUAACUUAUAACAAGUGUUAUGUAAACGUGUUUAUCAAUAAUUAUUAUGUAGGUUUAAUAAGAAUAUAUAGUUAUAUACCUUGUAUUAUUAUUCCAAAUUUUACAUAUUUUAUGAGGUAAAUACAUGCCAUGUUAUUGUUUUGUGACUAAAUAUAACCUAACCUUUUUUUGGGCUUUGUUUAUUAUAUACAAUUAUUAUGAUAAUACGCGAACCUUACUGUUAUAUUUUUACGAGGACUCAUGAGAGAGUAAAUUCUAAUCUUUAGUUUGUCUCAAGCACGUAAGCCCCCUGCGCCCCUUAAAUUUACUUAUGAUUGUUAUAGGGGCGUGAAGAGCAACCUAUAAAAUGAUUCGACACGUGCCGUGGUUCCUGCGGCAGGUGCUCUCGCGCCUGGGCCCCCACGCCCGCGUUAAGAGCUCGUCGAUCGUCUCCGCGCCCGUCCGGUGUAGCGAGUCUGAGAAGACGGCGGGGUCUCCGGCCAUUCGGAAGGCUGAAGAGAGCGGCGAGCUGGAUGCUGGGGCCGGCUCACGUGCGGCGGGGAGUGGCCUGGUCGCGGCUGCUUUCGCCUCGCUGAAGGACGGGGGCAGGGUGGCGCCCGGACCCGUGGCGAGGAAGCGCUCGUUGGUGGAGGCGCAGAUCGCGAAGGCAGACUCGGUGGAGGCCAUCCUGACGGUCGCGGAGCUGCCUACGCUAUCACGCCACCACGCGCUCCGCAUCAUCUCCGUCCUGUCGGACUGGAGUGCGAGUGGCCGCGUGAAGUUGGCCGACUUUGAAGGGGACGUGCGCUUCGUGAAGCUGUGCCGGAUCCUGGGGAAGAGCGCGCACGGCCCCCGGGCGGGGCCUGGGGGGUUCGGGGACCUGGCGACGGUGCUGGGCGUCACGGGAGACGACGAGGCGGCCAAGCUGGUGGCCGGCAUCUCCCUCCCGCAGAUGAUCAAGGUGAUGUCGACGCUGGCGCAGAAGAGAAGGCGCUCGACGCCGCUGCUGCGCUCGCUGGCGUUCAACAUCGGGCGCCAGGACGAGCGGCUGGACGCGAAGCAGUGCGCGGACCUGCUUUACGCAGCGGCCGUGCUCAGCUUCCCGGACGACGUGCUCAUGGAGAAGGUGUGCGCGGACCUGUGCGAGAGCGCGCCGGCCAACACCAGGUCGGCGGUGGUGCGCUCCGUGGCCACCAGCCUGGGCCUCAUGCGCUACAAGCACACAGAGGUGCUGGAUGUCUUGUCGGAGUGGGCUGCCACCAACGCAGACAGCUGCCGGCCGCAGGACCUGUCGUCCCUCGUCCUCACGCUGGCCACCGUCAACCACACGCCCUUCAACGCCGACGUGCUGUUUGACGCUGUGGAGAAGCACGUAGUGCCAGACACCCUGCCGAGCCCCGUCGCGUGGCUGGAGUUCGCGUGGUCGCUCUUUGUGCUGAACCGUGGGUCCGCGCAGCUCGCAGAGACAGUCCUGCGCCAGGAGUUCCUAGACAAGCUGGCCGCUGGCAAAGGUGAAAUCCAGGGCAUUCCCACGGCAUCGAAACUUAAACUUUUAAACAUCAACGCGUGUGUGCAACUAGAACUUCCACAGUACAGUGGUCCUCUGCUGGUUGCGGACUCCGAGAUUCAUGACGUGCCGCUGGUGAGGUCGCAGGAGAAGACUGCGCUUCUAGCAGCAAUAUUUGACUCCAUGGCAAAUCUUCUCUCCUCCAGCACGUAUUUGCGCAGAGACAUCAACACUGGAAUGGGUUUCCUGUUGGAUGGUGAGUGUUUACUUGAUGCAAAUUGUAACCCACUGCCGGUUGAAGGAAUUGAUUCCUCUUCAAGUGAAAAAUCAUCCAACAAGAAAAAAACCAAGAUCGGCAUCGUGGCGCUCGGCUACCACGACCUCUGCCGGGGAGCGCCGGGCGAGCAGAGCGGCUUCUCGGCCCUGGCUGCGCGGCUGCUGUGCGGGAAGGGCUACAAGGUGUUGGCUGUGCCGCACACGGACUUCAGCCCCCACGAGAAGCUGGUGCGUCGGGUGCAGUACCUGGACCAGCAGCUGAGGAGCACGGUCCGUGACAGCUAGGGAGCCUGCGGGAUUCUGCGUUGUUGUCUGGAUGACCAUCUUUGAAUCGCGAAUAAUUAGGCAUGCAGUGAAGGACUAGAUUACAUCUGCAAUCCUGGUUGUUGAUUACCGAAUUUACUCGAUUAUAAGACAUUAUUUUUGUGACUUUUUGAUCUCAAAAAAAAAAAAAAAAAAGGAAUUUGUCUUACAAUUGUUGGCAUCUUACAUUUGCCGAAUUUAUUCAAUUAUAAGAUACGCCUGUUUAUUGGCUUUUUAAAAUUUUUGGAAAGAAUAAGUGGACUACAAUUUUCAUGACUUCCUAUAUUUGCAGGAAUAUUCAUCAGUAUUUGUUUUAAGUAUUAAUAUAACAGGUUAUUUUUUUACGAUGAUGAUUGAGAGGGAGCUUACAGUGAGAUAAAAUACUGAUAGUCACAGGCAUACCACUUUGUGUGCAAGGCCCCUCUCAUUUUUAUUUCCAAAAGCACUGAGCAUGUAAUGUGUUACAAUACAAACCUCGCCUUACUCAUGGUUAGAGCAGUCAAAUAAAUGCAAGGGAUCAGUAUAGUCUGUUUACAAAAACUGCUGGGCAGUGUUGUGGGAUUAGUAGAUUAUUUUACUCGAUUUUAAGACUAUCAUUUUUUAUGUUUAAACAUCUUAGCUCUCGGUAUACAACAUUUGGUAGGAGUAAUUUCGUGAAAAUUUAAUGGAAGUUGAUGAACAGAAAUGUGACACAAAGAUGGUGGACUAGCAACAUAAACCUGUAUAUAGUCACUUUUGUAACCAUUAGAGUACAUACCAAAUGUAUUGGUGUGCCAAAUGCAACAUUAUAGCGAAACUACCUUGAAAUAUAUUUGUUAAACAAAAAUAGUCAUAGUAAAAGGAAUCUCAUUUUUAAAAAGACAUAAGAAAACUGGCAUAAAAUGCAUAUAAUUCAUACUCUCCUUUUAAAUUCCCAAGAUGCUUAGUAGCCCAGCUUUAGAGCACACACUUGGUAACUUCAAGAGGCGAGGUUCAAAUCUUGCCACUGGAAAAAAUGUUUUACUUUUUUUAAUAACAGAAUAAUAAUACAAAGUUAUGUAAUAAUAAUUUAGUAUCAGCUAAAUAAUGUUAAGGUUUGUUUGUAGGAAGUAUUUACAGAUUGAUUUCAGUCUUUUAAGCAAAACCAAAUAUACAAACAUAUUCUUAGUGUUAUAAUAUGUGUUUUAAAAUGUUUCAGGUUAAUGUUUGUGUAAUGUCGUAGAAGUAUACUUAUAACUUGUGCAUAUACUUUAUAGUACAAACUGUUUGCUUAGUGAAUUUAAACAAGAUGGGUCAUAUUUUGAUAAAAUUCCUUGUUGAAAAUCAGGUGCAAAGCUGGGGUUUAGUAUGUCUUCAAGUCUUUUAUCUGAGCCAUACUGCUAUUUGUGCAUGAUGAUGGCAAACAACAUUUAAAAUUCAGGCAGAGAAUUCUAAUGGUAGGGGCAGAAAGUAAGUGUGUGAUUCACAACCUGAAAUUUUGGUAAGUACUUGAAAAGCGAAAAUUCUAUAUCAGUUUAUUUAUCAUGCUCUGCCUUAUUUGAAAGAAUUAUGCUUUUACUUUUGUGUCUGAGUUUCAUAUUAUAAGUUUAUUUGCAACGUGAACAACAUGAGAACACAUUAAUUUUCUCGUUACCGAGGUUAGAUGUUUACAUAUCACUGGUGACUACUGACAGACUUGCUUGCAUUUUUUUUAACAUUUUAUUCUUAAAAAAUGAAGGUGCAUCUUAUUGACAAUUGUCCUUAGAGAAACUGAGGACUUAAAGCUGUCUUAGUCUUAAAAUCGAUGGUGUCUUAAAUUCGAGUAUAUAUAGUACUUAUAAGAACCUAUGCACCAGUGUUAAUAUUCACCUUUUACAUAGAUUUAAGUAAAAUAAUUUUUGGGGAAAACUUAAGGCUCAAAAUGCAGAUAGGUCAUAAAAUCAAUGGUGUCUUAUAUUUGAGUAAAUACAUUGUAUAAAGAGAGCAGCCACUAAAGAAAUUACAUGGACUUGAUUUUGUAGACAAAUGUGGAACCUAAUGUGAUGCCAGAAAAUAAUGUGAAUUUUGCAGGUCUACAGAAAUAGCUAGUUGUUGAUAGUACACAUUCUUCACUUAUGGUAAAGAAGCAGUGCUUUAAAAUGUUAACUUCAUGUUGAAAUUAUAUUUCUCCAGUAUAGAUCCAUGGAAUCAUGUCUGACUUUCUCAAAGCAUACACUUCUUUACUAGCCCUCUUCCAUGGCGUUUAUCACUAAAGUUAAUUCAGAAUAAAGUACACGACACUACGAUCUUGGUCAUUACAUACAUAGUAAGUAUUGCUUAAAGUUUUUUUUUUUUUUUUUGUUUAAAUAAAUAUUUUUGAGAGUCUUGCACAAGAUCUACUUUCGUUGCAUUAUGUAACCGUAUGCCACAUGGAAAACCAUUAUCUACUGAAUAAAGUGCUUUGUGCUUGUAUGCUGAUUAUGCAAAGCUGUAAAAUGGUUUCUAAAAAUAAAUUUAUGACAUUACAGUUCUUCUGUUGCAAUCCUUAUUUAUAAAAAAACAGCAUUAUAUUUCUGUAUAUGCCUAGUCAAACAUUUUACUUUUAAAUAAGACACUAAGACAUAAUUUCCAUUCUAUUUAUAGAAUGAUCAGUAUUGUUCUUGAAGUGUGUCUUUAGCAGAAUACAUAGUAACACAUUUCAAUCAACCUGUGCGAAUAAAAUUUUUCUUAAAAUUUGAAUUGUAUUUGAACCAAAUACAAGUUUAAAAUUGAAAUAAAACAAUGAGAAAUUUUUUUUGUCUUCAAUAGUUUAAAUAUGUUAACUUAUUAUGUAAUGAAUAGUAUCAUUGUUACGUGUAAUAUUUAAGUUUUUUGCUAAGUCUAGUCAAAUAAAAUAUUUGUUAUUGAUUAGCUUGUCUAUUGUAACCGAAUAAAUUAUUUAUUUUGCUUAUUUCUUGAUUACUGUUGUUAGUAUCAUCAUGUUAUGCAAUUACAAUAUUUAUUGUUUUGUGUGUUUGACAUUGAAUUAAAUAAGUAAGGAUUUCUGGUUGUGAGAGGUAAAAUUGCCUGAAAACUGAAAAUGGUUGACAAUGCAACUGCAACUAUGUUGUAACAAUGUUUUUGCAACAUGUUUGCUGUAUGGGUACCUGGUUACAGAAAUAAAAAUUUGACUCUUUCUCAACUA